UGUCACAUAGACAUCAUGCACAUACACACUGAUAUGUGGUUAUGCAUAUUUGUACACACAUUAAACAUACACUCAACACACAGAUAGCCAGCCACUAUUGUGUACACCCAGCAACGGGAGUACACUUCGGUUGCACACCAACCUGCAGUCUUGGGCCUGUGCAUGUGAAUGUGCAUCCACAAGCCCUGAUGCAUGUUUGCAGACACACACACAGACACGCACACGCACACACACACACACACACAACUAAACACGUACAGACGAUUCUUAAUCAUGCUCACGUGCAUGCACAUCCAGUACACAAGGAAAUGGACUCUGUUGUAAGCUGUCAUGCCCACACGCAUCCGCAGAUCCACAGUAGGAUGAAUGCUCACACGCAAGCAACACAGAUGGCUCCUCAGACACAUGCAGACGUGCCCACAUCUUUGCAAACUCCUGGGUAACAAUCACUCUCGUGCACGUAAACCUCCAAAUACAACGACAGGUUCUACACACGCAGAGAUGCAUUGGCACGCCCAAGGGGUCACCUGUGCUGGAAGUUUUUUCCAAACCGACUCCGAGCGGAGAGCGCUGUGCUGCAGGCCUGCCCACGUGACCGGGAGGAAGGCGCUCUCGCUAGUGACGGGAUGGAAAAAGUAUGCCUGGGGCAGGCGCCGAGCGGGCUGCUGUGGCCGCGGGAGGCGGGGACGCGGAGAACAGCCGACCGCUUAGUCGCUCCGGACGCUCCUGGAGGUGGCCGGCGGCAGCGAGGGUGAACACCAUGAUCCCCUGGGUGCUCUUGGCCUGUGCGCUCCCUUGUGCGGCUGACCCUCUUCUUGGUGCCUUCGCCCGUAGAGACUCCCAGAAGGGCUCCCCUCAGCUUGUCUGCAGCCUGCCUGGCCCCCAGGGCCCACCCGGCCCCCCAGGAGUCCCAGGGCCCUCAGGAAUGGUGGGAAGAAUGGGCUUUCCUGGAAAAGACGGCCAGGAUGGCCAGGACGGGGACCGGGGAGACAGCGGAGAGGAAGGUCCACCUGGCCGGACAGGUAACCGGGGAAAGCCAGGACCAAAGGGCAAAGCUGGGGCCAUUGGGCGGGCUGGCCCUCGAGGCCCCAAGGGGGUGAGUGGUACCCCGGGGAAGCACGGCACACCAGGCAAGAAGGGGCCCAAGGGCAAGAAGGGGGAGCCGGGCCUCCCGGGCCCCUGCAGCUGCAGCAGUGGCCAUGCCAGGUCGGCCUUCUCAGUGGCAGUGACCAAGAGCUACCCACGGGAGCGGCUGCCCAUCAAGUUUGACAAGAUCCUGAUGAAUGAGGGCGGACACUACAAUGCAUCCAGCGGCAAGUUCGUCUGCAGCGUGCCAGGGAUCUACUACUUCACCUACGACAUCACGCUGGCCAACAAGCACCUGGCCAUUGGCCUGGUGCACAAUGGCCAGUACCGCAUCCGGACCUUCGACGCCAACACGGGCAACCACGACGUGGCCUCGGGCUCCACAAUCCUGGCCCUCAAGCAGGAUGAUGAGGUCUGGCUGCAGAUCUUCUACUCAGAGCAGAAUGGGCUUUUCUAUGACCCUUACUGGACUGACAGCCUCUUCACAGGCUUCCUCAUCUAUGCUGACCAGGAUGACCCCAACGAGGUGUAGACAGGCCAGCGCUGGGUCUCCAGGGAGGGAACAUGCUCCCGGGGUUAUGCUUACAGACCGAGCCCCCCCGAACUGUCUGCUGGGGGCCUGGCGGCUGGCUAUUGGGAGCUUCUAGACUCAGGCCGACCUCCUCUGCCCCUUUUUCCCCCAUCAUUAAAUCCAAGCUUUUUUAUUCAUCCUUCCAUCUAUCCACACACUGAUUUUCUUUUUUAGUACCUACGGUGUGUCAGGCGCUAUGCUACACUCUGGAAGCUGCCACAGUGAACGAGACAAUCAGAGGCUCUGUCCUCAUGGAGAUCCCAUUCUAGUGAGAGGCACAAUUUACCAAUAAACAAACAAAUACUGUAA